AUGGACGCACGCUGCCAAUGCGGCCAGAUCCGCUUUGUGACGCCCCUCGUCGCGCCUCUCGCGCUGUACAUAUGCCAUUGCACGGAAUGCCGCCACCAGUCGUCCUCCACGUACGGCAUGACUGCGAUCUUUCCGUAUUUUGACAUCCAGAAAUACGCACCCACUCCCGACGCCAUAGAAAUGUACAGUCGUGCCAACUCCUCAGGGCGCACAGACGGCUAUUUUUGCACGAAAUGCGGGAGUCGUCUGGUGCAUGUGUCUAUGUCUGCUGUGGCCGGCCAAAGUGGAGAUAGGGUCCAACCAGCGGCCAUGUUGAGCGUCAAGGCGGGUUGUCUGGAGGGGUUGAGUAAGGAGCUGAUGAGGAAGGCCAUCCACAUUUGGACUAAGUCAGCGGUGGUAGACAUUCCGGAGGGUGUGGAGCAGUAUGAGGAGGAGCCGCCGGGCGGGAGUUUCGCAGAGGAGUGA